GGCGCUACCACCGGAGGCGGCGCGCACCGGCUGCCAGCUGCCCGCGAUGCCCAUGCAGGGCGGCGCGCUGAGCCCCGAAGAAGAGCUGCGGGCCGCUGUGCUGCAGCUGCGUGAGACCGUCGUGCAGCAGAAGGAGACCUUGGGUGCGCAGCGCGAGGCCAUUCGUGAGCUCACGGGCAAGCUGGCGCGCUGCGAGGGGCUGGCGGGCGGCAAGGCGCGGGGCACGGCCACGGGCAAGGACACCAUGGGCGACCUGCCGAGGGACCCGGGCCACGUCGUGGAGCAGCUCAGCCGCUCACUGCAGACCCUCAAGGACCGCCUGGAGAGCCUCGAGCUCCAGCUCCGCACGAACGUGUCAAACGCUGGGCUGCCUAGCGACUUUCGAGAGGUGCUACAGCGACGGCUGGGGGAGCUGGAGAGGCAGCUGCUGCGCAAGGUGGCAGAGCUGGAGGACGAGAAGUCCCUGCUCCACAAUGAGACCUCCGCUCACCGACAGAAGACAGAGAGCACCCUGAACGCACUGCUGCAGAGGGUGGCCGAGCUGGAGCGAGGCAACAGUGCAUUUAAGUCACCAGAUGCAUUCAAAGUCUCCCUUCCUCUCCGGACAAACUACCUGUAUGGCAAGAUCAAGAAGACAUUGCCCGAGCUGUAUGCCUUCACCAUCUGCCUGUGGCUGCGGUCCAGUGCCUCGCCGGGCAUCGGCACCCCGUUCUCCUACGCUGUGCCCGGGCAGGCCAAUGAGAUCGUGCUGAUCGAGUGGGGUAACAACCCCAUCGAGCUGCUCAUCAAUGACAAGGUUGCACAGCUGCCCUUAUUUGUCAGCGACGGCAAGUGGCACCACAUAUGUAUCACCUGGACGACACGGGAUGGCAUGUGGGAAGCUUUCCAGGAUGGAGAGAAGCUUGGCACUGGGGAGAACCUGGCCCCCUGGCACCCCAUCAAGCCAGGGGGUGUGCUGAUCCUUGGGCAGGAGCAGGACACUGUGGGGGGCAGGUUCGAUGCCACACAGGCGUUCGUGGGGGAGCUCAGCCAGUUCAACAUAUGGGACCGCGUCCUUCGCGCACAAGAAAUCGUCAACAUCGCCAACUGUUCCACGAACAUGCCAGGCAACAUCAUCCCCUGGGUGGACAACAACGUCGAUGUGUUUGGAGGAGCUUCCAAGUGGCCCGUGGAGACCUGUGAGGAACGCCUCCUGGACUUGUAGCCACCUUCUCCCCGAUCAGGAGGGGACCAGGCUGUCCCUGUGGGGAGUUCAGGGCCAGUUACUCCCCAGCCAAACUGUGACAAACCUCCUGCCCUCGUGGGCAGGACCCCAAAGCCCAUUCCUGGAGGAUUUCGAGACGGAGGCUGGGUGGCAGCAUUUGUCACUAGCAUGUUUGUUCCUCCCUAAGACUUUGUUGUUUUGGGGGUCAUACUGGAGUCCCCUGGGAAGAAGCCUGAGCCGCAUGUGGGCAAAGAGCUGACUCCCCGCCAGGGGCGAGGUCCACAAGCCCUUCUCCAGAGUCCCCGUAAGUGCUGGCGCUGCCCAGCCUUGCCUGCCCCUUGGGUCCCUGGUGUCCUUGUUGUCUGUCCCCUUUAAUAGCUGUGCAGCCAUCCCCCAUCCCUUGUGUGGAGUGCACCCCUGCUGGUGACAGCAUUGUGAGUCCCUGUCUGAGGAGUCUCAAGCCUGCAGGGGCAGCUGCCACCAUGAAGCCUGCCUUCUCCCAAGCAGAGGGGGCGUCCUGGCUCCAGAAUGGAGGAGGGUGGUGACAGCUGACCCCUCCCCCUCUGCCACCUCUUCCUCAAACCCCGCUUUGACUGAAUCAUCCCUGACUGAAUCAUCGCUCAGUGGCUUUGAAAGGCCUCUCUUCUCAUGUGGUGCCAAAGUUCAUCUGCAGCUUUUACAACCAUCCCUGUGGCUUGGGGGAUUUAUUUUUUCCCAGUAGAAGAGAACAGCCAUUAGGAGGCUCCCACUCCUGGUGUCCUGCCCUGCGAGGCACGUGCUUGUCCUCAUCCUCGUGGGUCCUGUGAGCGAUUCAUGGGCCCAUCUACUGUUUCCCCAGAACUGUGAGGGAAAUGGGUGUCAUUUGAUACUGCUAGUGACUCCAGGCUGCUUAACACAUUGUAACUUAUUUUAAAGGGAAAGUGAUUAAGUGGGGAAAUUUACAAAGCUAAAUAUUAUAUAUUUUAUUUUUCAUACCUGUUUGAAGUGCAAAUCUGUGGAAUUCCAUUUGUAGGACCAAGUUGACGUGCUCAUCCUGACAUUGUAUGCCACGAGAACUCUCUUCAUGAUGGAAUUUUGAUUAAAAUGCACUGGAAGACGCUU